AUGGAGGAACCAGCUGUUACAACCACGAACGCCAGCUUGCCAGAACCCCAAGGGAGCUCAUCUCAGCAGAAUGACGGAGGAAAAGAUGAGGCGAAUCGCAAGAAGACGGGAACAAGGAAGCGAACCAAAACUGGCUGUCUCACCUGUCGUAGGAGACGCAUCAAAUGCGACGAAGGCAGGCCGAUUUGCCACAACUGCAUCAAAUCGAGACGAGAGUGCGAAGGAUAUAGCCAGAGGGUCAUAUUUAAGGAACCUCUUGGAUCUUUCUCGUCCCCUUUCAACCAGGCAAUAUAUCCUGGCCCGCCAAGUAUCGUUGACGAGUCUUUGGCUACGCACCGUCAGUCUUCAAGGGGACUCUUUCCAGCCAUCGCGCCGAGACCCCCGACCUUUGACCAGCGUCACCAUGGUUUGCCUCUGCAGUCAAGUGCCGCGCCGUAUCAGCAGCAAUACCACCAUGAACCGUUGGUACAAGGCUCUUCAGCUUACAAUAUGGGACCCGGCCAGUUGCUACAGGCACCUUACAACGCACAGUUUCCCAACCCCCUGCUUGCGACAGAGGUCGACGGAGGACAUGCUCACUAUACCCAUGCUCCCCCCGAGGCACAAUUCUUCUCUAUCCAAGAUGGCGGCCCUGCCAGAGAUAUGCUUGGCGAUUUCCGUCGUCUGACCAGCGAUCACGCUCUCAAUGUCCACACAGGAGCCGCCAUGACACAGCCCCUGAAUGAUCGGUGGGGACUAGACAUGCUGGAUGACGAAGCAUCGUUACCCGAUUCUGAUGAUGAUUUACCGGACGUUCGAGGCAACUUGCUGCCAAUUAAGAGCAUGGUGCCAGAGCGUUGGACCAUGAGUGCUGUGGAUGCCAACGUCUUUUCCGCCUUUGCCCAGAACGACGAUGUUCUGGCACACAUGGAGACACCGUAUUCUUCUGAAUUCUGGGCUAGUGGCCUAAACACGAUCUUCAUGCAUUUCAUCAAUGUGACUGGUCCUGGAAUCUCAAUCUUUGAAGGAGAUAUUUCUUGCGCUUCGCAGAGAGCCAGGAGCAGCACCGCAGCUGGUACUGGGCAGAGCUUAUGGAGCUAUAAUCCCCCGACGGCAGCUCUGAGGCAUUACCAUCGUGCCAUACGUCGUAUAGCCAAGAAUGUGAAGUCACCAUCCCGGAGGACACAGCCCGCGACCCUAGCUGCUACUCUGCUGCUCGGAUAUUUUGAGGUUUGGUCAUCUGAUCACACCAAGUGGUGCAACCAUCUGUUUGGUGCCAGGAUCUUGUUCCGCGAAAUGUCUUUGGGAGACAUGACUCGGGCUUGUUUCCCAGCGAAGCGCAUGAGGCAACGACGGGAAGCUGGAGGCUAUCAACUGGGACAUGUAAGCUCCUACUUUUACCAUUCGCAUGCCCACGCAGCGCCAGCCCAGAGCGGGCAGCGCUCUCUCGACUAUGGCUUCUUGAAUGCCAUUACGGGACUCGCCGUGUCUCCCGAAGACUACGGUGAUGCAGAGCAUCAACCUUCUGAUGAGAGGCGUUCUCCAGUGAGCGACAAAGAAAUUGAGAGAUACGACAUCAUCUGCGACUUGUUUUGGUGGUACUGCAAGAUGGAUGUGUACCAGAGCAUCUUGGGUGGAACCAGGUUAUUCAUGGAAUACGAGCACUGGACUCAAAUCCCUCCAAGGGCUCCCUUUUCGACAUAUUCAUCCGCAUAUGGCACCUAUGAUCACUUGAUACUCCUGCUCGGCCGCCUCUCAGACUUUGUGUCAAAGGAUUUGUCCCGGAAACAGAAGGUCAUAGACGCUCAAUGCGGCGGUGCUGGAACUGGCUCGCCCCCUAUGUUUCCAGGCAUGUUCCCCAUGUUCGGAAAAGUGCAGGCGCCUAUGGGAUUCAGUCCUCCACGAGACGGCACGCCACACAGUGAUUCGCAGGAAGACCUUGACCCAGAAGCCAGCUACGAAGCUGCGUUGCAGGAAUGGAAUGCCAUUUAUCACUCCUUUGAGGUCUUCAAGAGCCGUCUCGGACCCGAAUUCCAGCCCCUCGGUGACGAGCUUGACGGUCAGACGAGGACAAAGACACCUUUUGGAGACCCUAUCUACUUCCGAACAUAUUCAAUUGCCGGCAUAUGGAUGAACUACUACAUGGGGUUCAUCCAUCUAUAUCGAAGCCACCCCUCGAUGCCACCGGUUGCGAUGAGGGCAGCGGGCAUGACGGCGAAGAAGACGGCUGCUUUCGCGCUCAAGAUUGGGCAAAUUGCCUCAGGACUUGCUGCCGACUGUUCAGAGUACACUGAAAUCAACACCUAUCUUGGCGCUGCCCUCAUUGAAAGUUCUUUCUGCGUAUUUGUUGCAGGUAUACAGUAUAAUGACACUGCGCAAAGACAUUGGGUCAUCCAGAGGAUGCAUGACGUUGCGCGUCUCACUGGUUGGCAAUCGGCGAUGCAGAUUGCCUGUGGCUGUGAGUCGGCAUGGAUCAAGGCUUGCCAGAUGGGAGGACCGGAGUAUGCACGACCAACAAUCAUCAACGACAUUUCUUCUACCAUUUGGAAAAAUCCUCGCCGCAUCGACAAGAAAAUCGACGAACUAGACUCGAGCGAGGAACGGCGGUUAGUACUGGCCAAGGCUGAAAGAACACAUUACGCAAUCGGGAUACUAGCAAUCGAAACAGAACUCGCGAGGCUCGAACUACGAGACGAUUUAAACUAA